CUGUGACCCAAUGCCGGAAGUAGCUUCUCGUAGAGGAACUUCGAUCAUGGCCACCAAAACAGACGGAGCGACUGAAAGACCGAGUUAUAACCGACAGAGAAGUAACAGCGAUCCACAGCCGGCAGUUGAUGUUCUAAACGCUCUAAACACCGAUAAAGCUGAUGCCAGCUGGAGUACCAACACAAUCGGCCGAACUGAGAAUUCACGAAGAAAUGGCGAGCUAAAGUCGGGGUCACUAGGUACUAAUACUCCUCCGCCUGAAAGAAAAAGCAGCAAGUUUGCAGCUCUAGGUAAAAUAUUCAAGCCUUGGAAAUGGAGGCGAAAGAAAAAGAGUGAAAAAAUAGAAAAGACAGCAGUAGAUUUAGAGAGAAAAAUAUCUAUGCGGACAAGUCGAGAAGAGUUAAUACGAAAAGGAGUUUUACGCGAGCCUGAGGACAACGUGCAGAACCAUGUACCAAAGAUAGAGUCUGUGAAAGAAUCUGCCGAAGAGGAAACGGUUGAAGAUAAAACUGCAGAGAGGACGAAACUGGCCAACAUCAGUGACGACUUACCGCCUGCUUUUACGACGACAACCACAAUAAGUAGACUAACUGCAGAAGUUGUCGCAUCAAAACAGCCAGCAGAAUCAUCAACAUCUACCACCAUCACCACCCAGGCAGAAAUAACACCCACAAGUAUUAAUCCCACAGUAUCGUCCUCUGCUAGUGUGCGGCCAGUCGUGGUGCCCCCUUCGGUGGUACCACCUAUGGAGUUGAUGCAGCCACCUCCCCCUAGCUAUCCCCCUACCGCAGAAGCACAAAAUUCUUUGGUCCAGUUCAAUGACAGGGUCACACAAAUAAUUCCAUCUCCUAUAGACUAUGAUGAGGAGGAAGUAGCAGGCCGCUCUGAGGAGUCCAACAGUGGCCCACCAGCGUAUGAAACCAUCCCAGCCUCAGAACCUGAUCUCUCUCUAAGACCCAGCAAAAGUGCUCUCAAACUCAAGAAUGGCCAGGCUCCACCAAUCCCAGCACCCAAACCGAUCUCACAUAAAAAAACGUCAAGUUUAGCCAGGCCAAUGAACACUUCUGCUGCAGGCAUUUCAGGAGAACCUAAAAUAUCACCACUCCCUACACCAAUGGGAAAACCAGGGCCUCCAAGAGCCCAUGUCACCAUAGCAGCCGAUGAAAGUGAUAAGGAAAACAUCCCUAUGAUGACACAGUCACAUCAGGCGGCAUCAGCAGCAGCAGCGGCAGCAGCUUUGGCAGCAGCGGCAGCGUUGCAUCAACAGGGGGACUAUGACAACAUCCCCGGUGACUCUGAUUCUUCUGAUGAGGAAAUCCACUAUAAAGAUGAUGAUUGUAACACUGGCUUAGCUGCCAAGGUGGCAAGACAAGACAGCCUGGCUCGCUCCUCAACAACAGACCAUCUCGAGAGAGCUCAUUGAAAAAUAUCAUACCGAACAAGAGUGAGAACGAAAAACAAACAGACACAGGAAGCCAUUGGUUCCAAAUUGACAAGGCGGUUGAGUUUUACGACCCACACCAGAGGAGUUAGAACAGAGGAAUAUUUUGUACAAUCAGACAAAUGAAGAGCGAGAGUUGGACAAGGAAGAAAAGAAGAGGUACCUCAUAAGGAAGCUGAGCUUCCGGCCAAGCAUUGAGGAGUUGAAGGAAA